AGAAGUGGCACGAGCCAACUCUUAACACCAGAAACUUCAGCUAACAAAUCUCUUUUUUCUAUACCUCUUCUUUUACAUCCACCUUCUUAGUAAGGUUUCAUUCUUUCACCGCUCUUCUCCUCUUUCUAAGUCUUUCUCGAGUCUCAAGAGACAAACACAGGACAUGGCUGGCUGUAAUGAGAAUGUGGCAUCCCAAGGUGAAGAGGUAAAAUUGGAGAAGUAUGGAGGCAUUGUGCCUAAGAAACAAUUAAUAUCAAAGGACCAUGAAAGAGCCUACUUUGAUUCUGCAGACUGGGUCCUCAGCAAGGUAGGAGGAACAAGUUCAAAUACAAAAACUGCAACUGAAAAUUUAAAACCCAAGCUGAAGCCAACACCUCAUCACCAGCUUCCACCAAGGAAGCCGACAUGCACAUCAGAUCGAGAGAUUAACAGCUAAAGAACAAAUUGGGUGUGCAUGAUGUGGUCUAUGUGAGGAGGAACGGAGAUGAUGCUAAAUGUCUUUUUCAUGUUUUCUGGUCUGCGUGUCGUUUACAUGUCUUUAACAGUCAUUAAAGCUCUGUUGUUGAUAAUAAAAAGACACAAUGAUCAAGUUUGUCGAGAUUAAAAAAGGAAUCAACCAACAUUAAGGUUUUGUUUCUUGGUUGUUUUGUCUCCCAGUAAGGUUUCAUAAAAUAAAUAUCUACUGUACUCAUAGUUCCCUAUGCCUUUUCAGAUAGCUUUCAGAUAACGCUUGGAAGAUACGUUGCAAAAGGAUUAAAUGUAUGAUAGAAAACUGCCUUCUAUUUUCUUUAGAGAGGUUUAUAGAACACAAGAACAUACUAGGGUCAUAGAAUAAGUUAAUUCUGUAAUGUUCUCAACUUUACAAAGUCUAACAUGUCCUUCUGUUGUUCCAAAAAAAAAUGAUAAUUUGAAGAACCUAAAUGCCUCUUACAAGUGAUUAACAGUAAAAACUUAGCUCACAAAUGUGGAAGAACUAAUCUAGCAAACACUUUUUAUUAUCAGAAAUUGUGAAUAAGCAUUACACAAAGAAAGUUUUCUAGAACAUGGAAACAUAAUGUCAUGUUUGGUGUAGUUUCAAGCUUUGGAUUCCUUAAGAACUCUUCAUUUGAGCAUCCUUCUGUCUGUAGUUUAGCUCAACAAAUUAUUGGGUGUAAAUGAUGCGUUGCAAAUUUGAUCGACCACAGGUAGAUGAUGAGUAAAUGACUAAAAACAUUAGGAUUCACCACAAUCACACAGCAGGUUCUUGAAUGUUUAUCUAGGCUGAUCUCAAAAGAAUAACAAAAGAACAUGAAUCAGCAAAAACUGACUGGAUCUGUCCUAACUUAUCAAAAAGAGUAGCUUUAUACUAAGUCUUUCCUUUUAGAUGAUUAAAACAAGAAAAACUAUAAGUCCAUCUAGUUCAGUGAUUAGGAUAUAAAUGGCCAGUCUAUCUGAUCAUCAGAUGAAGCAAUAAAUAAAUACAGCUGCAACAACAGAAUUCAGAAUCAUCCCAGGUUAAUUAACCUCCCAGGCUGAUGUUCAUAUAUGAUUCAUUAGAAAAUCACCAAACCAUGAUUUGUACAAUGAAGAUAAAACCAAUGUAUGCAAUAU